AAAAACCAUAUUAAGCUCCGUUCCAGUUGAGUUUUCAGGCAGCUGUGCGUGUUUGGUUCAUUUGCGUUUUUUUAUCAAACACCUUAGCAGCAUGUUAAACAGCGAUGAACUAUGUCUUAAACUUAGAAUAUUGGUGCUAGUUAUAGCAACGAUAUUCAUGGUCAGUGCCGCUGGCGUUAUGGGAGGAGAUUCAGGGGAAGACAAAGACAAAGAGGAGUGCACGGAGCAGCUAGUAGGGUUGGCGACAUGUUUGCCUUAUGUCGGGGGAAAUGCUAAGGCACCUACACCGGAUUGUUGCAGUGGUCUGAAACAAGUUCUGAAGAACAACAAGAAGUGUUUGUGUAUUAUAAUUAAAGAUCGAAAUGAUCCUGACCUUGGUCUUAAUAUCAAUGUCACACUUGCUUUGUCUUUGCCUUCUGUUUGCAACGCACCUGCUAAUAUUUCCAAGUGCCCUGAGCUGUUGCACAUGGAUCCCAAUUCCCCAGAAGCCCAAGUUUUCUAUCAGCUUUCCAAGAGCUCCUCUUCCAAUGGUGGUCUCCAAAGCCCUGCUUCUGCUCCUACUGCAAGUGUGGGAGGGAGUCCAAUAAGCUCAAGUGAAGGAGAAAAGAGCCCAGAGUUGCAGAAGGGACAUGGGAAUUGCUAUGGCUGUAGAAGAAACACAUGGGUGAUUGUUACACUAUGGACCUUCCUGCUUUGCUAUUUCAUGCCUUAUUUUUAGUUCCUUUAUAUAUAUAUAUAUAUAUAUUAUGUCAUAUUAUAUAAUAAAAAUAUAAAGCUUGACAUAUUGAUAUUGUUCGGAUAUGUCAAGGAGAAACUCUUUAUUUGAUUAUUUAUGUGUAUGCUUUAUAUAUAUAUAUCUAAUAAUUUAUUUGUUUUAAA